UGUACCAAACAUUUCUAUUGUUUAUCAAAUACUUCAAAUCAAAAACUAUCUCUAUCUCCAAUCUAAAAAACUUGUGCAUGCCACACGACAGUGCGACAUCUAGCUAGUUAGCGUUAAGAGGGAAAAGGGCGGAUGUGAUCCGAUAAAGUCGACAGUGAGAACGAUUAUCACAGAACAGAGGAUCCUUAAACAAAACCCCUAACGGAACCAAGUUCAAUUCAAGGGAUCCUACUCGUAUUCGGUGCCGGAUCCGUGUCAAUUCUAACGGGGAAAAUCUGUUGUGAUCAGUGUUAAUAGGCUGCUCAGUCAUUUGUUUCCUUUUGAACUGCAAUAAGAACCAUGUCUGAUCGUUUGACACGUAUUGCAAUUGUGAGCUCUGAUCGGUGCAAGCCUAAAAAAUGCCGUCAGGAGUGCAAGAAGAGCUGUCCUGUAGUUAAGACCGGCAAACUUUGUAUUGAGGUCACUUCUGCAUCAAAGCUUGCUUUUAUUUCAGAGGAAUUGUGCAUUGGAUGUGGUAUUUGUGUCAAGAAAUGCCCUUUUGAAGCAAUUCAAAUUAUUAAUCUUCCUAAAGAUCUUGACAAGGAUACAACACACCGUUAUGGUGCCAAUACCUUUAAAUUACAUAGGUUACCUGUCCCGAGGCCAGGUCAAGUUCUUGGCUUGGUAGGAACAAAUGGUAUUGGGAAGUCAACUGCUCUAAAAGUUUUGGCUGGAAAAUUGAAGCCCAAUUUGGGCAGGUUCAAUAACCCACCUGACUGGCAGGAAAUUUUAACAUACUUCCGCGGAUCUGAAUUGCAAAACUAUUUCACACGCAUAUUGGAAGAUAAUCUGAAGGCUAUUAUCAAGCCUCAGUAUGUGGAUCAUAUUCCAAAGGCAGUACAGGGAAAUGUUGGACAGGUCCUUGAGCAAAAAGACGAGAGAGAUAUGAAGGCUGAACUCUGUGAAGAUUUGGAGCUGAACAAAGUUCUGGAUCGUAAUGUUGGAGAUUUGUCUGGUGGUGAACUGCAGAGGUUUGCAAUUGCAGUGGUGGCUAUACAAAGUGCUGAGAUAUAUAUGUUUGAUGAACCCUCAAGUUAUUUGGAUGUAAAACAAAGGCUUAAAGCUGCCCAAGUUAUUAGAUCUUUGCUUAGGCCAAAUAGCUAUGUCAUUGUGGUGGAGCACGAUCUUAGUGUUUUAGACUACCUUUCAGAUUUCAUAUGCUGCUUAUAUGGUAAACCAGGUGCAUAUGGGGUCGUCACUCUGCCGUUUUCUGUAAGAGAAGGAAUCAAUAUAUUCUUGGCAGGAUUUGUACCCACAGAGAAUCUUCGUUUCCGGGAUGAAUCUCUUACUUUCAAGGUUGCUGAGACACCUCAAGAUAAUGCUGAGGAUAUUGAGACAUAUGCUCGAUACAAAUACCCUACCAUGACGAAAACUCAGGGUGGUUUUAGACUGCGUGCUGUGGAAGGUGAAUUUACAGAUUCACAGAUUAUUGUGAUGUUGGGAGAAAAUGGAACAGGAAAGACAACUUUUAUUCGUAUGCUGGCUGGUCUAUUGAAGCCUGAUACUGUGGAGGGUUCUGAUGUGGAAAUACCCGAAUUCAAUGUUUCUUACAAGCCCCAAAAGAUUAGUCCAAGAUUCCCAAACACUGUGAGGCACCUAUUACAUCAGAAGAUAAGGGAUAUGUAUAUUCAUCCCCAAUUUGUUUCAGAUGUUAUGAAGCCUCUUCAGAUAGAGCAGUUAAUGGAUCAAGAAGUUGUGAAUUUAUCUGGUGGAGAAUUGCAGAGAGUUGCAUUAGCUUUGUGCCUGGGAAAGCCGGCAGAUAUCUACCUGAUCGAUGAACCUAGUGCAUACCUGGAUUCUGAGCAACGUAUUGUGGCUUCAAAGGUGAUAAAGAGAUUUAUUCUCCAUGCAAAGAAGACUGCAUUUAUUGUUGAACACGAUUUUAUUAUGGCAACAUAUCUAGCCGACAGAGUCAUUGUAUAUGAAGGGAUGCCAUCCGUGGAUUGUACGGCAAAUGCACCUCAAUCAUUGUUGACUGGAAUGAAUCUUUUCUUAUCUCAUUUGGAUAUCACAUUCAGAAGAGACCCAACUAAUUAUCGCCCAAGGAUUAACAAGUCAGAAUCCACAAAGGACAGGGAGCAGAAAUCUGCAGGAACUUAUUAUUACUUGGAUGAUUGAGAUUGAUGUUUGAUUCCUCCUCCUCAACAAUCUGCUCUGUAGCUUAAAUUUCCUUUUGAUGGAGUUGUGCUACAUCUUCCACCACAACAAUAAAUUUGUCGCUGAGGACGGGUGAUGAAGGUGACUAUUAUCUAAUCCUCAUACAAAUUUAUGCUUCUGAAUCUAUUUGUGUAGCAUUGGAUCUCUUCUGUAGUCAUCAAUUUUGCACCGAGUUUAGGCUUGCGGUUUGGUAAAUCGCCAAAUUAGUGAGUAGUGAGUGGAUUUUACCUAAAUUAAUUUUGGCUUUGAUCAGAUUCAGCGUGUUUUUUUUUUAUUUUUUAUUUUUUAUUUUUUUUGGUAUUGAUUGAUAUUUGAUUAGAAAUUAGAAUGUCAUUUUGACGAAGUAUAAUAAUGUGUGAGAUGUAAUGUGUCUGAUUAGAAUGUAUUUUGUUUUUCAUUGAGUUUAUUAGGUUUGUAGUUCAGUUUCAUAAUAAGUAGAUACGUUGUAAAAAUGCGUACUAUAUUUCACAAUAUCUGAUACUGAUAUAAAUGAGGGUUCACAUUUCACAGAGGUGAUAGGAGUAUAUAAUUCAAUAAAAGGAAAAUUUGAAAAUAAAUAAGCUUACUUUAAAAAUAAUUUUUUAAAAUUAGUUUUUGUGAUAUUUUAAUUUUUAAAAUAAGUGUUUUCAUGCCAAAGAUGAGGUUAAGUAUUUGUUAGCUUUUACUAACAGCGAACAAAGAAACUGAUUAAAAAAAUUUUAAAUUUUUUGUUCGUUGUUUACUAACAGCUAACAAAUAAAAGACAAUGUCACACUAUUUGAAAGGAAAAAAAGACAACAAAUGUUGGUACU